AAUUUUACAAAAGCAGGUGAGCAGGAAGCGGUGCGCUGUGACACCAAAGCUCUGUUGAUGAAGAGAGGCUGCAAGAGGGAAGAAAUCAUCUCCCCGGAGAACACUCUAGUCAUUGUGAAGGCAGACCGUCUGUCUGUGUCAUUCGACAAACAGCUGAAACAGCCUGUUCAGCUGACACCACAGAAGAUUAGUUUGAGACUGCGACCUGGGCUUCCUACGACAUUCAGGGUUUCUUUCAAAAGAGUUCAGGGUUAUCCUGUUGAUCUCUACUACCUGAUGGACCUGUCUUACUCCAUGAAAGAUGACUUGGCAAAUGUCAAAGAACUGGGAAAAGAUCUUUUUGCAGCUCUGAAGAGUAUCACUAAUUCUGCUCAAAUAGGAUUUGGUGCGUUUGUUGAUAAGACAGUUCUUCCUUUCACUAACACCAACAAGGAGAAACUGCUGAAGCCGUGUGAUGAGAAUGACCAACAGUGCCAGGCUGCCUUUGGCUACAGACAUGUGCUUAGUAUGACGUCAGAAGAAGAAAAGUUCAAGACAAAAGUAACAGAGGAGUUCAUUUCUGGGAACUUGGACUCUCCAGAAGGUAGUCUGGACGCCAUGAUGCAGGCAGCCGUGUGUGGGGAAAGAAUAGGUUGGAGGAACAGCAGCACUCGGCUGAUUGUGCUGACCACUGAUGCCGGAUUCCACAUGGCCGGAGAUGGAAAAUUAGCUGGCAUACUGGAACCCAAUGAUGAAAAGUGCCACAUAGAAAGGAGCUUGUACACCAAAAGCAAUGAAAUGGACUACCCAUCUGUUGGACAACUAGCCAUUCAGUUGGAAAAAAACAAUAUUCAGCCGAUAUUUGCAGUGACAAAAAAUGUGGAGGAUGUGUACAAGCAACUCACUAAAUUGAUUCCGAAAUCAGAGGUGGGAGUUCUGUCAUCAGAUUCAAAAAAUGUGGUUCAAUUGAUCAAGGAGGCCUACAAAAGGUUGUCCUCCAAAGUGACUGUGACCCAUGACAAUCUGCCUGAGCAUGUGAGCGUUGUCUACACCCCUAACUGCAAGGGUGCAGGACCAGCAGGGGAGAGCGAAGGGAUUUGUGAUAAUGUACCAGUGGGAGAGGAGGUCAGUUCUUUCU